ACCCCGCCCCGGCGCUGCGCUGAGGCGCGCCGGGCCGGGCCGCGGCGAGGGACGCCAUGGGGCUGCUGGAGCGGCUGAGGAAGGAAUGGUUCAUCGCGGGGAUAGCGCUGGUCAUCGCGGCCGCCAGGCUGGAGCCCGCCGUCGGCGUGAAAGGCGGACCCUUGAAACCAGAAAUUACCAUAACUUACAUUGCUGUUUCAGCUAUAUUCUUUAACAGUGGACUCUCAUUAAAGACAGAGGAGCUGACAAGUGCUUUGAUGCAUGUGAAACUCCACCUUUUUGUCCAGAUUUUUACACUUGUGUUCUUCCCAACAGCAAUAUGGCUCUUUCUUCAGCUAUUAUCAAUCACACCUAUAAAUGAAUGGCUUUUAAAAGGGUUGCAGACAGUAGGCUGUAUGCCACCUCCUGUGUCAUCUGCGGUAAUUUUAACCAAAGCUGUUGGUGGAAAUGAGGCUGCUGCUAUAUUUAAUUCUGCUUUUGGAAGCUUUUUGGGCAUUGUCAUAACUCCACUUCUGCUUCUGCUUUUUCUUGGAUCAUCCUCCUCUGUGCCUUUUACAUCUAUAUUCUCGCAGCUGUUUAUGACUGUUGUAGUCCCCCUUAUUAUUGGACAGAUUGUCCGAAGAUACAUCAAGGACUGGCUUGAAAGGAGGAAGCCUCCAUUUGGCACUAUCAGCAGCUGUGUGCUCCUGAUGAUCAUCUACACUACGUUCUGUGAUACUUUUGCCAAUCCAAAUAUUGACCUUGAUAAGUUCAGCUUGAUUAUAAUAGUUUUUAUAAUAUUUUCUGUUCAGAUGAGCUUCAUGUUUUUGACUUUCCUCUUCUCUACAAGGAGUAACUCUGGUUUCACACCAGCGGACACAGUGGCUAUCAUUUUUUGUUCCACACACAAAUCUCUCACCCUGGGGAUUCCAAUGCUGAAGAUAGUAUUUGCAGGCUACGAGCACUUAUCCUUAAUUUCCGUCCCCUUACUCAUCUAUCAUCCCGCUCAGAUUCUUCUUGGCAGUCUUUUGGUACCAACAAUAAAAUCUUGGAUGGUUUCUAGGCAAAAGGCACUGAAGUUAACAAGGCAACCCAAAGUACCCGUGAAGGUAUAAUGCUGGAGACGGCCGGUGUCACAGUGAAUGUAUAUAUGUACUAUACUGUACACACAGAUGAUCGAGACAACUGGGUAUUUGUGAAUGUUGCUUCAGUGCAUAUUUUAUUUUUAUAUAUACAUAUAUAUAUAUAUAUAAAAGAUACCCGUUAAGUGCCUUACAGAUGCAUUUUUGGCAAAAGCGUUGAUUCCAGAAGCCACUUUGUUGGCUGCUGCAAAAGGUUUGUACAGUAUUUUGAAGUUCUUUAGUUUUUAUUUUUCUAACGGAAUGAAAUGAAGAGGUCAUGAGUAACAGCUGUGUUUCUUCCAUUGCCCCUGCUUUGAAGCCAGGGUGCACCAGCUGUAAGUAGCCAAAAUGACCAGUAGCCUAUCCUACUGCUGGCUUGCCCUGGAGAAGAGCUUUCUGAAGGGUUUUUUUUCAAGACUGACUUGAAUUUUUGUGUGAUUCUGUUACACUCCCUAGUCAUAUGACUGUGACAUGCCUUUUUCUUCUCAGUUUGUGUAUACUCAGCAUGGGGCCAUCCAUUGGAUAGAAGCUGAGAAGCAUGAAUUAUUUGCAUUUGUUGACACAGUUGUCUAGACAUUCCUUCAAAGUUAAUGGUUUCUCAAGAAAAUUCUUUCAAUUCCAUUGUAUGAUAUUGUGCCAUUGUAUAUCUUAAAUGCCUCAUAAGCUUCUUCAAAGAACCGAUCUGGUGCUUGGGUUAUGAGUGAAGUAUUUGUGUUUGCAGCUAGGAGAUUUUUUUAUAAUUUACCCCUGAAGAACACAAAUUUUUUUUCUUUUCUUUUUUUUUUUCCUUCCUUCCCUUGGUGCAACGCACAGAGAUCUGCAGUGACAGAAUUUAGGAUGCUAAUAUUGAAGCAGAGUCUCUAUUGUAGUAAGCCGAGCUUUGUUUUCUACAUUGCUGCAUUGGUAAUGAACAAUAGCGUGUGAGGACAAGAGUUGAUGAUUAUUUUUUUUUCUAAUUAGAAGGAUCCUUACAGUAACAGGAACACUAUCAUAGCUAAUUUGACAAUCCAUCACAACUUUUUUGAGAAUAAAAUGGUACUUUUUUAAUAAAGCCGUAUAAAACACAUACAAAAUAUCACUUUUAAGAGGAGAAUUGAAGGGAAAGGAACAUAGGCAUAUGUUUUAAGCACCUAGCCAGCUCUGCAUCUUGUCUGGGAGAUUAAGAUUUCAGAAGAGGAUCUACACUGGGCUUCCAGGGGUACCCAUCUGCAAAAACUGUGCUGGCAAUUGUAGAUUACAACAUUAAAAGGAAUGAAAGAAAUAGGUCAAACGGGGAUCGAUGUGAGUGCAGAAGUGUCACGUGUGUCAUGGUUAACAUUGCAGUUAAUGGUGCAACUGAGCAGAUCUUUAGCGGAUGUGGCUCUGAUAAGGCUGUAGACAUCUACACAAGCUAAAGGUCUUUUUUUAUUAGAAUAGGUACAUGAAAUACGUACCUUUUUUCCUUAGUGGAAAAAAAAUGUGUUUGAUGUACCUACUCUGUUUUUUCUAGUCUGUCAUUCCUGUGAACAACAGGAAAGCAGUCUGACACCCAUCCUGGGUGCUUUACCUGAUGGUCAGUUAGUGCAAGACUGUUCUGUUACCAUUCGCCUGAGAAACUGUUAGGGGCCAACAGUGUCACCUUUAUUCAAAAUUGUUGUCAACAAUAAAGAAACCACAUAACAAAGGUAUGCGAUGUGGUCACAAGCUGAAUUCUUUUCAUUCCCUGGAGAGGAAUCAAACUCUGACCACUGUCCACACCCAGCAUCCCCCAGGGCUGUGCUCUCUUCUGCAUAGCCAGAGAUACGAAGGGCAGCGAGCAGCAAGCUCACAGUUUUGGUCAUUGUAUCUCUUGAUGGUGUAGUCAGAUCCACCAACGGGCCAACCAAGGUGGUUAACUGGAGGAGAGUAACAUGCAUGUUCUUGGGCUGUUUCUUAAACACACUCAUCAGAAACUGCCUCCUUGAGCGUUAAAAUUCAUUUGUCUGUGCUUGCAGCAGAAUCCAGACUCAGGAUGGCUUCUUUUUAUUCUUCUUCUAUAAACCCAAACUUCCAGAAUAUAUAAGGACUUAAUCACCCAUUGAAAUCAGUGUCUCUUUCUGUUAGUUUUGAAUAGCAAAACAACAUUCCCAGAAAGUGGUAGUCUUUUUGUUGUUGUUGUGUUGUUGUUGCUUUAAUCUGCAGGAAAAGUUCAAGCAUACAAUAACUGAGUGUAGUUGUGUUGAUGCUAAAUAGUCAGAACACUGCAGCUGCCCUUACUGAGCUACCUCUGUGUACUGAAUCUCCUGUCUUCAGUACAACCAACUACUUGCUUAGAUUCCACUGAAAACACCCUUCUUUUUCUUUCAGUAUCUUCUGCAUUUAAGAAUAUUUCAAACUGUUUUAAGGUGGAGUUCUGUUAAAGCCUUUACCAAGUCACUUUUGAUUGCUUGGGGCAGCAUAAUAUUGUGUAUCAGCAUUGGAGGUGUUCAUCUAAAGGGAAUAUGAAGCAAAACUGCAAUGCAUAUUUUAAAACCAUACUUCAUGAAACUUAAUUAUGCAUAUCAAUUCUGUUUUGUUUAAAGACUGUUGUUUGUUUUAUGACUUCUUGUUAUGCUUAAUGCCCUUAAUAAACAGGAUGGUUUUGAACUUCAUUUGGCUAACAGGAAAGCAAGAUAAAAUCACUUAUCGUUUGGGUAACUUUUUACCUAUUACCUACUUUUUGUUCUUUUGCAAGCUUCUUAAAUUGUUUGUUCGUCCCGUUAAAAAAAAAUAAAUGAAUAAAUCUGUGAGCUGUUUAAAAAUAUUUAAUGAACUAAACUUGGAGAAAUAAGGAAUACUGCGAAUUGUAAUCAAGUGGAAGUGAAUUCAUUGAAUACAACAGUGUUUCAGUGGAGGGUUAAAAUAGUUUGGUUUUUUAGCCUUAAAUUUAACUGAGAGUUGGUGAUGAAUGUAAUCAGGCAAAACUGAUGGAAACUGAGAACUCUGUAUAUAAAACGUAAGGAUUUUCUUAAUCAUUGAUGCUUCUUAGCUUCCACAUAUCUAUAAGUCCAUUCAAUUAUAUCAGAGGGAAAAAAAAAACCCACCAAGACAAUAAAGCAGUACUUCGGAGUUCACAGGGAAUCUUUAUAAGUUGUGUUGAGUCUCUCAAAAAUCUUCUCUCCCCUUUUUUCGCAGUACUUGAGAAGCUUAUGAUGGCACCGGUAAGGUCCAGGAGAAAUAAUUUUGUAUGUCUUUAAAAAGACAGAUCUUUAUUUUGUGGUUGCAUUUUUUUCUUGUGUAACUUCUAGCUAGUGUGAAUAGGAUACACAACAGAAAGACCACAGUCCCAGCAGAAGCUGGGCAGUUGUGCUUGUUCACAGACCAAAGAGGAGUAAUCCGACAAUUUGGUUUUACUGUAGUCCUCUCAAUUAUUCUGGCAGACAGGGAAAGAGGAGCUUCUAGUUUUGUGUACGGUUUUCUGUGAAAAUACCUCGACAGCAGGAGGUUAGGAGUGAAGAUGAAAUUUUGUCUGUCUGCAAGCACAUUUAUCUAUCUAUGUGUAAGUGCGUACGUGCAUAAGAUAUGAGCAGUUACACGUGUAGAAAUGCUAGGAAGGACCAAGUCUCUGGUAUACAUUUUUUGCAGGUCUUUAUAUGGAGAAAGAGCUACUUUUUGAUGUUAUUCUGAUAUUAAAGAUGAAAUUUCAGUCACUGAA